AUGACGUCAAAAUAUGGCGCCUUGAUCAGCUGGGUGUUGUGUAGUGCGUGCUUGAGAUGCCCGUCUUUAGAAAAUCAACCGAGACUGUCGUCUGUCUACCAAGAUACUGAUCAAGGAAGAACUCAACGCGAUAUGCCACCAGAUAGACCAGAUUCCACAGGUAUGGAAAGAGGAAUAGAGUUGAGAUCCAAUCAGAUUUUCACUUUUCAAGAUGCAACUUAUACGACAAAAGAACGUAAUAAUACAAAUGCGUUUGUAGAAUCCAAUUCGAGUUAUGAUGUUCAAGAAGAAUUACCUAUCAAUGAAAAAUCUAUAGAAAAGAACAGUCAUUCAGACGAUGACUUAACUUCACUCAGCUGGUUACAUCAACAAAAUUUAUUGAAGGGAUUAGAAAUAUCAAACCCUAGCAAGGAUAUCAAGAACGAAAAUCUUUUGAACAACAAUGUGUGCGACGACAUUGCAGACUUCUCCGAGAAUACAAAUUCUGUUUCCAGUUUGGACGAUAGUUAUUGUUCAGAAAUUAGCAGUAAAAAGACCAAUUCUACAUCACAAAGCCAUGGACAGCAAAACUAUCAGCACUCGAAUAGGAAUUGUCAGAAGUCCGGUCAAGCGUUUAAUGACUGCAUGAAAGGUCACUAUGAAACUUCUCAGAGUGAUCAAACAAAGAUAUCAUUGAGCAACAACAAUUUGCCAGUGUCGAAUCGCAACAAGCAUCCUACACAUAUCCCUUACGAUCCUCACUUACAUAGAAAUAGUAAACCACCGUACUCGUUCUCCUGUUUAAUCUUUAUGGCGAUCGAGGACAGCCCUGUGAAAGCUCUUCCAGUUAAAGAAGUUUACGCAUGGAUUUUGGAUCAUUUUCCAUAUUUCAGGAAUGCUCCUACUGGUUGGAAAAACUCCGUUCGUCAUAAUCUGAGCCUCAACAAAUGUUUUCGUAAGGUAGAAAAAGCUCCAAAUUUAGGUAAGGGCUCAUUAUGGAUGGUAGAUGCUCAGUAUCGUCCAAAUUUGAUACAGGCAUUAUCUCGUGCUCCUUUUCCACCUCCGACCGCACAAAAUCUUUCUACUCCAGAAAAAACACAAAGGAAGAAUGCAAGCGCACGUCUUCCAGAUCCUGUCUUAUUCCCAUACCUAUCCAAAAGACUGGCAUCUAGCAAUAUUAGCGAAACUCCUGAAACAGAGAUAGAUAGCGACGUGGAUGCUGCAGCCGCCGCUAUGCUUUCCUUUAAACACGGGCCAAUUAUUUUGAAUCACAACAGAGACCGUAAGAAAAAAAUAUUGGAAUCUGAAAAAUUAGUUCCUGUAAUCACAAGAAGUUCUAGCGAAGAUCAUACAUAUAGUUGUAUCACUUCUAUCAAAUUGGAAAACAAGUACUCAAACGAGGAGGUCUCUACUGAUUUCGAUGAGCAAAGGAAAAUAGCAGAAGGGGCGGAUGCGCUUCUUAAUUUAGCGGGCGUUAAUACGACACCCAAUAAUAACAAAAUGCAUCACGUACAAGCUACGAAUCCUGUAUCAAAAUCAGAGAGCGUGACAAAAUCUAAAAGACGGUUAGUUUCGAACGAUUAUUCGAGCACAGCGGAGAAGAAACGUAAACGUUGGCGAGAGUGGGGCGAAGGAAAUCGGUACCUAAAGCAUAUUAGAGGUUAAUAUGAAAUUUUUCUCAUAUACAUAUAUGUAUCUAUAGUGAUGAGAACUUCCAGCUAGUGCGUGUAUCAGACAGUGUCUAGGGACACGUUUUAUAAAAGUAUUUGGUAAAGAACGUUUCUUGAUUUUUGCGGUAUUAGCUUCGGCAAAAGAAUGAUCUUUAACGUUUUGGUUCUAUAUAUGAAGUCUUUUAUAUUGACUAUUAUAUAGGAGUAUUUAUAGAAAACAAAGAAAAGAAUGUAUAUGCGCACGUAAUUAUCUAUAACGUAUGAGAUAACGUUCGAGAAUGAUAUCGGAAGAAAAAUCUUUGUGAGGUGCAUUUCUAAAGAAUUGGCGAUUGCUCAGGGUUCAGAACUCGCUAUAUGCCAAAUGAAAUUCGGUAGCACUAAGCAGCAAGCAAUAAUAGCAAUGUAGUUGUAAAAGAGUUACUUUCUAAAGAUGUUAUUUUAACAUGGUGUAGAGAGAGAGAGAGAGAGAGAGAGAGAGAGAGAAGCGUAUGGAGUAAUGUCAAUGAAGAAAAGUGCGAUCGCAUAUUAAGCUAAGAAAAACGAUGAAGUUUUUAGAACUGUUGUGCUGGUUAUACAUAUUAAUUCAUAGAGAGUUUAAUUAUUGAUAAUAGAGCCUUAUACUAGUUUUUUUUCUGUAGAUAUGUAUAGAGAUAUAUAAUAUCUAUUCGAUAGAGAAAUUGAUAAUAUAUUUAAAAAAAAAAAAAAGAUUAUACACACGUGCGCGAACGCAUAGAGAAAGAGACGCGUUCGUAAAAACGUAUACAUACACAUCCAUGCUCACGUACUCAUUACUUACGCUCAACAAGUGCAUCUGUGAAUGUACGCGACUGUAGAUUGGCAGUAUGCGCGCUGUCAAUGAGUAAGCAACAAAGAAUACGAUGUCGAGGUAUACGCUCGAUAUGAAUUUGAGAUAAGGAAAUCUAUCGUUUCACGUCUUUUUCUACUAUCUUCCUGGCUUUUGAGAUGAUUUUAAAGAAUGCUGUAUAUAUGUAGACCCUAUAAUGUAUGCACAGACCAGUUUUGAAAUUCCCUCGAUUACGUGACAUUUUGUAUCCGCACUUUUCCUAUCGAUCUGGAUAGUGACGAAAGAAUGUGCAAGGAGACAUCCUAUUUUUAUAUAAGAAAAAAUAAAAAGAAAACGAUAACAAUAAGAAAAAGAAGGCUGCGGAUACCUGUCUCUAAAAAAGUAAAAAAGAAAAAAAAGAAAAAAAGAAAACUAGAAAAAAAGAAAGAAAGAAAGAAAAAAAAAAGAGUAUGUAUGCAGUAUGGAUGUGAAUAUCGAAAAAAACUGGUAUUGCAUAUAUUAAUAUGUAGAUCUAUAUAUAGAAAGAACGUAUAUUUUUACAGGGCUCUGCCCGCGUGAUAAAAGCUCUUCCUAAUAACUCGCUAAUACACAGAUCAUUAGCAUAAAUCAUGUAAGAAUUGCGAAUGUUGAAAUUCGUGCGUUGAGACGCAAUAUGUGCGUUGUGAUAGAGCAACUCGAUCGAAACCAAGUCAAGCGCGUUCGUACGAAUGUCGUAGAAUCUAUACUGAAUUUCUAAUAUUAUCAUUAAAUUAAAUUAGUAAGAAAUUUGCGAUAGUAAUAAUCCGACGAUCGACCGAUAAGAAUUAUUAAUAGGACGAUACAGUGUACGAAUACGUAAAAUCAUUACGAAGACUUUUCGUCUAGGUUUCGACGCGUUGCUCUAUCAUAUUUUCUUUGCGCGAUUAUCGUAGAUAGACAUCAGCUACGGAAGAAAGUCUUGAUUAUAAAUGGUGCAGGGAAGAAUGCCAUGUUUAAGUAGUCGAGAUAACUUUGAUUUUUCAUGCACAUAUAACUUCAAAUUAUUCUACGUGGCACGUACUGUACUAUACGAAAAUUUAUCCGCCGGUGGAUAUUAAGUGCUUCAUUCAAAAUUUAUAUACAUAUAUACAUAUACAAUGUGAUAUGUGUAUAUGCGUAUAUAUGUACUACGUGCGAGAUAAUCUCAUCUAGAUAUUAUGUUUCCACUGUCUGUGAUAACGUUGCAAUACUUAGUACAACUCGUUGUCAUUGCUAUACCUCAAGAAAACGCAAGCUUUAGAGUCGCGUAAGUGGUUUUUAUUUGUGGAUUUCUCUAUGUCCUCUCUUCGUAUUCUCUCCAGCCGUAGAAGAGAUUUUUAACGGACUACUUGGCAUUCUUGUUCACACCUCUACUUAACUUUUUUUCUUUGGAAUCAAGAAAGAAAGCCAAGAUAAAAACGAGGGUGAUGAGAUAAAACGAUUGAAGAGAGAGAGAGAGAGAGAGAGAGAGAGAAAGAAUUUGUAUCUGGUAAAAAUUCGUUGGAGACUCGCGCGUAGCUCUUGUUCUCUGCGACCAAAGGUCCGAUCUUCCAUGUAGAGUUUAUCGUAAGUCCAAGCCGAUCGAUUAUAAGAUGGCCGGAGACCACUUAUCGUCAUUAACAAUCGUAGCUGAUUGCUAGGAUAGAUUAAUAAAAAAGAAAAGAAAAAAAAGCCUUUAACAGGAGAUAGAUCGAUCGUUUAUAGCGACACACAAAUACAAUGAAGCGAUGCGUUCAUGCGAUGGUUCUUGUCGGUUAUAAUAAAAGAGAAUACUCUGUUGAAUUAUUCGAGGAAAAUGCUUUUGCCGUGGUACGUUCGAGGAAAUCGGGUAGAAAGCAGCAGUCGAAAUGCCACAAUUGCUCGGUAGAUCCGAUCAAUUUAACAAAAGGAAAAUGUAUAUGUAUAUACACGUGUAUGCAAUUAUCAUCGUCGGCCAAGGAACUAUCGUAUCAAUCGGAUAGAUUUGUUUUUUUUUUUUUUUUUUUUUUCAAAUAAGAACCAUUCGACCGGCGGUAAUGACAACGAGAUUGGUCGACGAAUUUCCUAAAGUAGGAAUACGUCGGCCACGUGAUACACCAGAAAUAUGGAAUAUGGAGCAAGAUAGACAAAAUGUACCGCAACCUAACCACGGACAAUCAAAAUGGAACAUGGUGUUUGAUUUGCUUCCAUUACAUGACAUCGUGCCAAACGCAGAAAAAAAAAAUCUUUUUAUUUCAUAGUAUGAAUAUAUACUAAUUUAUUCAUCUAUACGUUUACAAAACGUAUACGUUUAUAAAGAUAAAAUCUUUGUUGGCGUUAUGUGUAAUAUCAUCGUUAUCUUUGUCAUCUUCAUAAUCAUCGUUAUCACACGAUCAUAAGCAUUACCAUCGUCACUUUCGUCAUCCAAAAAAUAUCAUCAUAAUUAUUUACACUCAUCGAGAGAUCGUGUUUAUUAUCGUCGUUGGCGUCGACUUUAGUCGACUUCAUCAUUAUAUUGCUAUAUUACCGCUAUUACUAAUUUUAAAACGAAUCAUGCGCUGUAAAAUGUUUGUUAAGUUUUUGACCUUGCUUAUGUAUUUUAAGUAUAUUUAAUAUGCCACGUUGUAAUCACGAUGAAAUCUUGUCUAAUGAAACGGAUAAAAAUGGAAUACAAAAAGGAA